CAAAUUGCAGCAGAAUUGUGCGAUUUUGACACAAACUGUGUAAUUCCGUGCAAAUGACCUCAACUAAGCUUCUCUUGAACCUGAAUGAUGUUUACCAUGCCUUGAUAAUCAUCCAAGCUUCGAUUUGCUUGUUGUAUGUUGUUUUCAACCCAUAUCUGCUCAAUAAGGCCAUUUAAAGCUUCAUGCAUCUUCUUAGCUCUAGCUCUCGUGACUGGACCUCCUUGGGUUUCAAUCAUGUCAAGCGGUGAUGACAGAAAACACCAAGAGGAUGAUUCCUUAAUGGUCAAAGCUAUGCAACAACAAUUUCAGAGGCUAGACAUCAUCAUGUUUGGUGAAAUUAAAGACAAAAUGGAGAAGCAAGAUGCAGCCGUUGCCAAAUUAUACCAAAUAGAAAAUGGAAGUCCAAAUUUGCAUAAUCACAAUCUUGAUGACAAUGAUGAAGAUGCAUUCAAUGAUGAUGCCCAAAACUCAAAUUUCAGCAUGGACAGAUUUAUGAGAGGUAGAGGGGGUCAAAGAUAUAGAUUUAACAAAGGAGACCAAAAUCUGGCAAGGUGGGGAGAUCGGCAAGAUCAUAACUUAGGCAGCAUCAAGAUGAAGAUUCCUCCAUUUCGACGCAAAAAUGAUCCAGAUGUGUAUUUGGAGUGGGAAAAGAAGGUGGAAUUGGUGUUUGAUUGCCAUAACUAUUCUGAGGAGAAAAAUGUGAAACUAGUAGCGAUGGAAUUUACUGAUUACGUUGUGGUGUGGUGCGAUCAGCUUGUGCUUAGUAGACGUAGAAAUCGAGAGCAUCCUGUUAACACUUGUGGAAGAGAUGAAGGCUGUGAUAAGAAAACGGAGAUGGAAAUCGCAAUGGUUAGAGCGAAUGUGGAAGAGGACAGAGAAGCAACUAUGGCACGGUUUCUGCAUGGCUUAAAUCGUGAUAUAGCUAAUGUGGUAGAGUUGCAACAUUAUGUGGCAUUAGAAGAUAUGGUGCAUACGGCGAUGAAAGUAGAAUGGCAACUCAAGUGUAAAGGAGCCACCAGCAGAACUGGGCAAAAUUCAGGGGGCAUGUUGCAUUGCAAUGUUUCUAAUAAGCACACGAUGAUCUUAAGAGAAGAUGGAGAAAUUGAAACCGAGGGUGAAUCUGAUGAUGAAUCUAUGCCACCAUUAGAAGAUGCUAAUGAUGGUGUGGAAUAUGCCGUUAAUGGAGAACUGCUCGUCACCAAGUAUGUAGUGUUAUUAUUGAUGGUGGCAGUUGUACUAGCUAGCAUUGUUUUGGUUGAAAAGCUUAAUUUACCUAUGAUGAAGCAUCCAAGGCCAUAUAAGCUGCAAUGGUUAAAUGAUUGUGGAGAAAUUAAGGUUUAUGAGGAUCAACUGAGAUUGAAAAAAGAGAGUAAGCUGAGAAAAGAGAGUGAGCAGGGUAUGAAAAACAGAGAGAAAACAGCAGAGAAAGAGUUAAAGAAGAGAGAAAAGAUCGAGAGUGUUGAAAACAAAGAGAGAAAAUCAGUGAGUGUUUAUGCAAAAGAAAGUGAUGUCAAGGCUGCAUUCUUUGCAAAGCAGCCUGUGUUUGUGCUUCUGUAUAAAGAUGCUUAUUUCAACACUAACGAACUUAAUGAUUCUUUGCCUAGUGCUGUUAAAUCUCUUUUGCAAGACUUCAAGGAUGUGUUUCCAGAUGAUGUUCCUAAUGGUUUACAACCAAUAAGAGGAAUCGAGCAUCAAAUUGACUUCAUUCCUGGUGCAACAAUUCCAAAUCGACCAGCAUAUCGAAGCAAUCCCAAUGAGACGAAAGAACUUCAAAGGCAGGUCGAAGAACUCAUGAAAACAGGACAUGUGAGAGAAAGCAUGAGUCCAUGUGCAGUUCCAGUGCUACUUGUGUCUAAGAAGGAUAGGACGUGGCGUAUGUGCGUUGAUUGUCGCGCGGUCAACAAAAUCACUGUAAAGUAUCGUUACCCUAUUCCUAGAUUAGAUGACAUGUUAGAUGAGUUGCAUGGUUCUUGCAUAUUCUCUAAAAUUGAUUGUGGAUAUCAUCAGAUUAGGAUGAAGGAAGGAGAUGAAUGGAAAACAGCCUUUAAAACGAAACAUGGUUUAUAUGAGUGAUUAGUUAUGCCAUUUGGAUUAGCUAAUGUGCCUAGUACAUUCAUGCGAUUAAUGAAUCAUGUUUUGCGUGCUUUCAUUGGCAAAUUUGUGGUUGUUUAUUUUGAUGACAUUCUGAUAUAUAGCAAGAGUUUAAUUGAACAUAUUGAGCAUGUGCGAAUGGUACUAGAGGUGUUGAGAAAAGAAAAGUUGUUUGCUAACCUUAAAAAGUGUUCCUUUUGCACAAAUCAGAUUGUUUUUUUAGGGUAUGUUGUUUCAGUUGAUGGAAUUGCAGUAGAGGAAGAAAAGAUUAAGGCUAUU